CGGAAAUAAAGAAUAUUCAUUAAAAAGGAAAACACAUUAUGGCACAGAUGAUGCUACAGAAUGCAGUUGAGCCUAUGCAAGUGGAUGCCCCGCCAGAAGAUAACGAUAAUAAUGAAGAAGAUAAUUAUGUAGUUGAGAAUCCUACAUUAGAUUUAGAAGUUUAUGCGAAUAACUACAUAGGCUUAGCGAAGUUAUACCGGCUUCUCUACAUUAUAGAUCAUUGUCCUUCUCUUAAAUUAGAAGCCCUGAAGACGGCAAUUUCAUAUGCAAUGACUACAUAUAAUGUUAAUUUAUAUCAAGUACUUCAUCAAAAACUUGCAGAGGUAACAACAUCAAUGAAUGUACCAGAUGUAGCAGCACCGUCCACUUCUCAAGAUAUACCCACAAUUGACAACUUAUGGAUGGAAACCAGAUCAAAAAGAGCUGCACUUAAACUAGAGAAACUGGAUAAUGAUCUGAAAAAUUAUAAAUCAAACUCUAUUAAAGAAAGUAUUAGACGAGGUCAUGAUGAUCUAGGUGACCACUACUUGGACUGUGGAGAUCUUUCUAAUGCUCUGAAAUGUUAUUCAAGAGCUAGAGAUUAUUGCACUAGUGGAAAACAUGUAGUCAAUAUGUGUUUAAAUGUUAUUAAAGUGUCUGUAUAUUUACAAAACUGGUCUCAUGUAUUAAGUUAUGUUUCUAAAGCUGAAAGUACUCCAGAUUUUUCUGAAACCCAAUCAAAAGAUUCAAAUCAAGUAAUACUAACAAAGUUGAAGUGUGCUGCAGGGCUAGCAGAGUUGGCUACAAAGAAAUACAAAUCUGCUGCCAAACAUUUUCUUCAAGCUAAUUUGGAUCAUUGUGAUUUUCCAGAGUUGCUUUCUCCCAACAAUGUUGCCAUGUAUGGAGGCCUUUGUGCACUUGCAACUUUUGACAGACAUGAAUUGCAAAAAAAUGUUAUUUUUAGUAGCUCCUUUAAAUUGUUUUUAGAAUUAGAGCCACAACUACGUGAUAUAAUCUUUAAGUUUUAUGAGUCAAAAUAUGCUUCAUGUUUGAAGUUACUAGAUGAAAUUAAAGAUAAUUUACUUCUUGAUAUGUAUAUUGCUCCUCACGUUAAUACUUUAUAUACUCAGAUUCGAAAUAGGGCACUAAUUCAGUACUUCAGUCCUUACUUAUCUGCAGAUAUGCAUAAAAUGGCAUUGGCAUUCAACAGAACUGUUCCGGCUUUAGAAGAUGAGUUAAUGCAACUCAUUUUAGAGGGACAAAUACAAGCCAGAAUAGAUUCUCAUAACAAAAUUCUCUUUGCUAAAGAUGUUGACCAACGUAGUACCACAUUUGAGAAGAGCUUACUUAUGGGCAAGGAAUACCAGAGAAGAACUCGAAUGCUGAUUUUGAGAGCUGCUGUUUUGAAAAAUAAAAUCCAUGUAAAGAGUCCCCAGAGAGAUGCCGGCCAAACUGGAGAAAUAACAGUAGUACCAUUUUGAAUAUAAAAGACUAAUAUAUUUAUUCGAUUAAGACUUGUGGAUACUAAUAUUGCGUGACA